GGUGUACAUUUGGAACACAAUACAUCAGCUCGAGUAAUUCGUUCAAAUCAAAGUCUUGUGCUGCAGAAAAUUACUAAACAUUAUGCUGGAAAUUAUGCCUGUAGUGCUAUAAAUGAUGAAGGUGAAACAGUCAGCAAUCAUUUACCACUUCGAGUUAAAUAUACUCCCAUCUGUAAGCACUUGGAUCGUGUAGCUCUAAUUGGUGCUUCAAAAGACGAGACAGUUGAAGUGAUAUGUGAGAUACAAGCGGACCCACCACCCAGGUCAUUCCGUUGGAAAUUCAAUAAUUCAGGUGAAACGCUCGAUGUAGGAAGUGAACGUUUUAGUGUCAAUGGUAGUCGAAGCAUCCUCAAAUACACUCCAGUCACAGAUCAGGACUAUGGCACCCUAUCUUGCUGGGCAGCAAAUGAAGUUGGUACACAGCACCAGCCAUGUUUGUUCCAGGUCGUCCUUGCGGGUCUACCAAGUGCCGUCAGCAAUUGUACUGUGUACAAUCGUACCGAACUCAGUGUGGACAUCCAAUGCUUGCCUGGCUAUGAUGGUGGUCUACCGCAAAUAUUUGUCCUGGAAAUGUUCUCCAGUCGAACAGGAGGCACAAG